AUGUCUAUGGAACAGAAUGAAACACAUGAUAAUAAAUUCUUAGCCACAUCUAUUAAACUUGAAAAUGAAACAGACGAUGAUUUAUCCUAUGAUGAAGCAAUAGAAGUAAAUAAAAAAAAUGAUUAUUGUUCAAAUCUAUCAUCAGCAUCUACAAUUCUACAGCCAUCUACUUAUAAAGGAAAAAUUGAAGUUACAAGUAAAGGACGUCGAAAAAUUUUUGAUGGAGUUCGAUGGCAAAUCUUAUGUCGAAGACCAGAAUGUCGAAAACAAACUAAUAAAAAAUCUCUUUGUAUAACACAUUACAAAGAAGAAUAUGAAUCUAAUCCUCGAUCAUCAUCAUCAUCAUCAUGGCCAAAUAAUCUUCAAUCAUAUCAACUUUCUUCUUAUAAACAACAACAACAACAUCUAUAUGAUAAUACAAAAACACGUAGUGAAAUUGAAGAUCAAAAUAAUACAAUAACAACCACAAAUAUUACUGAAAAUUCUGAACAAUCUUCAUUAAAUAUCAAUAAUAAUCAAUUGAUACAUGAUGGUCAAAUAGAAUAUAGAAAUAAUGGUCGACGUUUCAUUUUAAAAAAUAAUAAAUGGCUACCAUUGUGUAAAUAUGAUAAUAAUUGUCGUAACACUGCUAAAUAUGAAUUAUUAUGUAUCAAACAUUUUGAAUUAACACAACAAAAACGACGAAAUUUAUUUAAAUUUCAUAAUAAUGAUAAACAACAUUUACAUUCCACUAUUUUUGACAAACAUCGUUCUGUUUUUACAAAUGACAUUACAAAACGUUUGAAAAUCAACGAUUUUCAGAUAUCUUCUUCAUCUAUAACUGAACAGUUUGAUAUCAACAGUAAUGAAAAUAUUCAUAUGUCAACUGCAACAGUUGAUGAUGAAUCAUCUUUAUUAGCAUCUAAAUAUCCCGGUCACAAAGCUGUAUCAUUUAAGAAAAAUUUAAAUACCAUAUCAUCUAACUAUGCAUUAUCUGAUAAGCAAAAAAAUGAUUUAUUGAAAAAUGAUCAAGCCGUCCAAACUGAUAUAACUAUUCCAUUAUGUUGUAUAAUUCAACAUGAAGAUCAUCUAUUUUAUUCAACAUGUAAAAAUAAUAAAUCAACGUCUUCAAAUAUACCUUUCAAUACAAAAUCCGAACCGCAAUCUUUUCAUACAAAUUUUUCUACAUAA